GCCCAUUUAGCGGUUUCCGCGCUGCAACUCGGUCUUGCAAAUCGCAAUCGCAAUUGCAGAGACAGAGACCACCAAUAAUGGCAGUGAGGUAGAAGAAGAAAAGAUGUUUAUGCUGCAGAGAUUCAAGCCGACCACCAGGCCGUGAGGCUUUCCCGGAGGAUGUUUUCUAUUUACAUUCCCGUCUCUUAGAAAGUAGGAGCAUAGCCACUCGGGUCGAUGGAAUGGAGCUUGACCAGAGGGAACUCUAAAAGAGAGUAUGAGAGACAUUAUAUGCCUUACUGUACGGCACUGGAUACCUUUGCCUUUAGGACUUUACAGAAGAGUCCUUUUUGGGCUAGUAGCGCGCAUCUGUUUUUCAGCUGGCUUCAAAUCAAAGCUUGACUAGGUAGAGCUCUCAAUUUUUGCAUUUUUUGUUUGUUCCUUUUUUGAGGUAUUCAGGCAUAAAGAAAAAAAAUGGACUGCGUUGAGAUCAUUUAUCGGGAAGAGAAUCCUACUACCGGUCUCUGCACAUUGGAAUUUGACGAUAUAUGAAGAUUUCUUUAAAGCAUAAGAUAUAGCAGACUGGACUCUGGAGAUAUAUAAAUUUUCUUUGCCUGAUGGUUAUUGAGAAUUUAACAUGACGAAUAAUUGUAUGAUGCAGUUAGUGAAAAGUUUAAUGGGGAAAUGAUUUUAAGGCAAGCUCCAUUGGCAGUUGGCAAGAACGUUCUUCCAUUUCAUCAUUGGUUUUGGGAGUUUAGGGAUUGCUAGGUUUCAUAACACAGUUAGUUUUAAUUGUCAGUAUGUAUGAUGGAUUGGAAAUGCAACCCAUUACCAGUAUUGAACAAGUAUACCAUAAUUGGGUGUUUAGCUUUUAGAUAAACUAUAGCAUGUAGAAAUUAUUUGACUUGAUUGACAUGUUUCUGUGGGAAAUUGAGUUAUUAGAUAUAAAAGACUUAAGCAUACGUGGAUACCAUGGCCCUUACCGUGAAUCGCCAGGUAAGGUUGCUGUGAAAUAGUUUAAUGGAAUUGUGGUUUGAUUUUUAAAUCUUGCAAAUCUUUGUCUCAACUAAUAAAAAUACCCCCUUUUUGACAUAAUUUUGAUGAUCUUGUUUCAAUUUAAUUUUCUCAGAAGCAACGGCAUUAGUUGUAGAGACAAUUGCAUCACUCUGUUACUUCAAGUUUUCCCCAGAAAAAAUAAUGUUAAAAGUGAAAACUUCGUUUUACUUUGAAUGUUAUGACUUCAUUCUAAAACACUAUGUUACUGGAAAGAAUGUCUUUAGUCUUUACCAUAAAAGAACACAAUCUUCUGUGACAUUCAGAACAUGCAUUCAGCCAUGGUGAGUGAUUUUUCAGUGUAGUUUCGUUUGUUCGCUUGUUCCUUGUUGUCAGCUGAGCACUUCACACAGUGACAGUGGUAUGAAAUGAACAGUAAUGCAUACAAGCAUUAUAGUAGAAGUAAUAGAAGUACAUAGGAUCUCUCAUUUUCACACUUUCGAUUGAGUUUAAUAGUGAAUAGAAGCAUUUGAUUAAUAUUUUUAUUGUGGUUUCAAGUUUUGUUCAUAUUGAUGCAAGUUUUGUGCUAAAUUUUCUGUCUUGUCCAUUUGUGCUUAUCCUUUAAGGAUUGAUAUUCAUUAAAGAAUUAAUAUUUCAAAGACUCUUUUUGCGAUAUAAAGCUUGGAAAAUUCGUUUAGUCUUAAUUGAUGGCUUUAUUAAAAUAAUAUGUCUCUUUUAGCUCCAUAUUUUUUAAUCAAUAUACUCCACCUUUGAUUAAAACCAUACGGUCAUGUCAUUAUACUUCCAAUGCAUGAGAAUACCUACUUUAUGACAAACAAAAGAAUCUAUCUAAUGAGAUAGAAGAUAAAUCACGAGCUUUGUCUCCUAGUAAUUUAGUCUAGGGUUAUGACAACCUUAUUUUGGUAUCAUUGAAGUUUAAAUAUCAUUUAGUGGAUUUGUCUUUUCUUUCUAAAAAAUUCAUCUGGCGCUAAUUUGUAGUAUCCAAAUCCCCUGUUUAUGGUAAGAGCUUAGAAUUCUAAAUCGACGACUACAUGAUUGCUCACUAAAAUAUUGACUAUGAGAGCUUGGGGGUGGCCCAGUAGCAAUCCAACUGAGUCUGAAUAUUAUAAGUAGUAAAGCUUAGGAUUUUAACAUGAAACUAUCACCAAAAUCUAGCUACUAUGGCUCUGCUUCUGCUAUACCUAAAUGGUAUCACCCUUGGACUCACUGCCAUACUUGUUUUUUUCUACUUCUACAAGAGGUGGUCCAAAUCAGCCAAGACUAAAGCAGCUCCAGAGGCUGGUGGUGCAUGGCCUAUUAUAGGUCACCUGCCCUUGUUAGCAGGACGUGAGCUUCCCCACAUAGCGUUAGCAGCAUUAGUUGAUGAGUAUGGACCUAUCUUCACCAUCAGGAUUGGCAUAUUCCCAGCUUUGGUGGUCAAUAGCUGGGAGUUGGCCAAGGAACUUUUCACUAUCAAUGAUGCCGUUGUAUCCACCCGGCCUAAAUUCACAUCUGCAAAGCUUCUAGGCCACAAUUUUGUUAAUUUUGGAUUCGCCCCUUAUGGUGAGUUCUGGCGUGAGAUGCGAAAAGUAGUAGCAUCAGAGCUACUCUCCAAUCGCAGGCUUGAGCUACUUAAAGGCAUUAGAGCCGAUGAGGUGGAGGGAUCAAUAAAGGAUCUGUUCAAAUUUUGGGAGAAGAGCAAAGAUGGGAAUAACCAAGCCUUGAUUGAAAUGAAGAAGUGGUUUAAUGACAUAAAUAUGAACGUGAUUUUGCGAAUGGUAGCAGGGAAGAGAUACUUUGGUAUCAGUGCUGCUGGUGAUGAGGAAGAAGCACAUCGGUUUCAGAAGGCAGCGAGAGAGUUCUUUCACUUGGCGGGAGUGUAUGUGUUGAGGGAUGCCUUUCCGCUUCUUGGGUGGAUGGAUUUUGGUGGAUAUGAGAAGGCCAUGAAAAAAACAGCUAAAGAAUUUGAUACCAUUAUUGGCGGGUGGUUAGAGGAGCAUCGCAGGAAGAGAGACAUCAGUGAAGUGGGCGAUAAAGAUAAAGAUUUCAUUGAUGUUCUGAUGUUGGUUCUUGAUGGUAUUAACCUCUCCGGUUAUGAUCCUGAUACAGUCAGGAAAGCCACAACCGUGACUCUUAUUGCCGGAGGCACUGAUACCACAACUGUUUCUGUAACAUGGGCUCUAGUGCUAUUACUGAACCAUCCCGUUGCACUGAGGAAGGCACAAGAAGAGUUAGAUAUUCAAGUUGGCAAAGAAAGACUAGUGAAUGAAUCAGACAUGAACAAGCUGGUGUAUCUCCAAGCAAUAAUCAAGGAGACGCUGAGACUGUAUCCAGUUGGUUCACUCUUAGCGCGUGAAUUCACGGAGGAUUGUACCGUCAGCAGUUACCAUAUUCCUGCAGGUACCCGCCUACUGGUUAACCUUCACACUAUCCACAGGGAUCCGCGGGUGUGGUCAAACCCAACAAAAUUCGAACCUGAGAGAUUUUUGAGCGCACACAAAGAGAUAGAUGUGAAGGGUCAGAACUUUGAGCUGAUACCAUUUGGUGGUGGUAGAAGGAUAUGUCCUGGGAUGAAUUUUGGUAUAGUAAUGACUCAGUUACUGCUUGCAAGUUUCUUGCAAGCUUUUGAUAUCUCAACUCCAUCAAAUGAAGCAGUUGAUAUGAGAGCAACUCCUGGAUUAACAAAUAGUAAAGCCACUCCUCUUCAAGUUAUGUUCAAACCUCGAUUGCCUGCUUAUCUCUAUGAAAGAAGUUGAAAGCCUAACAUAUGCAGUUUCUGUAAUUUUGUUCUAUAAGUUUCAGUUCGGUAUUUGUGUACUAGUUUUGUUAGUUUAACGUUUACAUCUCUUGCGCUAAUAUGAUAUUAAGCUUGUGUUUUUAGUCCAUGGAAAACAUCUAAAUUUAUGUUGUACUUGUGCCUUUAUAUUUGUUGGAUAGAUUUGUAAUGUGGUCUAGAUUUUUCAUAUUGUCAUAUAUAUUUCUUUCAA